AUGGCCGUCUCCCUCAACCUACCUAUCCUCAGCGAGGAGGUACCCGUCUCUAUCCAGUUCGUUGCCGCCGCCCUCAUCUUGAGCCUGGCCUAUCUGCUGUACACAGCUGUGGCUCCAGAACGCCCCCACAAGGGCUUUCCCCUCGUCUCGCUACCCGAGGGAGGCCUCUCACACCGCGUCAUCCUCAAGGGCCUCGCCGAGCACAAUGGCCGCCCGUUCCAGGUCAUGGGCGCCACCGGGCCCCGCAUCGUCCUGCCCAACAGCUACGCCGAUGAGAUCAAGAACCACCCGAGCCUCAGCCUGGAGAAAGCUCUGAAGCACGACUUCUAUCACAAGUUCCCGGGCUUUGAGGCCCUGGAGGCCGCCGAGACCACGGGCAUGAAGGACUUUGACUUUCUUGUCGAGGUCGUGGUCAAGCUCACGCAGUCGCUGGGCGUCGUGACCCCGGACCUCGUCGACGAGACCACGCACGCCGUCCACGACAUCCUCGGUGACGAUGGCAACUGGCAUAGCAUGACCAUCAAGCAGGACAUGCUGCAGCUCAUCGCGCGCAUGUCGUCACGCGUCUUCCUAGGCCAUGAACUCUGCCGCAACCAGCACUGGCUUAGGAUCGCCCGCGACCACUCGGUCGAGGUCAUGACCGCCGCCCGCAUCCUCUUCACCGUCAACCCGCUGCUGCGCCCCAUCAAGCAGCUCUUCCUUGAGCCCUGCGUGCGCCUGCGCAGGGCCCGUGACGAGGCCCACGACCUGAUCCAGCCCGUGGUGGAGCAGCGUAGGGCACUGGUGCGGAAGGCCCUCGCGGCCGGUAGCAAGCCGCCCCGCAAGACCGACUCGAUCAGCUGGAUGUAUGAGACUGCUCGGGACAAGAGCGAGCAGGUGGACUACUCGGGCAAUCAGUUGAUGUUAAUGAUGGUCUCUAUCCACACCACCACCGAACAGCUUUCUCAAACGCUAGUGAACCUCCUUGCCAACCCGCAUCUCAUUCAGCCUCUGCGUGACGAGAUCGCUUCCGUCGUCGGCGCCGAGGGCUGGUCCAAGACAGCACUCCACAACAUGCGACUCAUGGACGCCUUUCUUAGAGAAUCUUCACGCUUCAAUCCUCUCAGCCACGUCUCGAUGAACCGCCGCGUCGUUCGCCCCAUGACCCUUUCCACAGGCGAAAAGCUCCCCGUGGGCGCCAUCGUCAUGAUCUCCGACAAUUACGCCGAUCCCACCCUGUACGCCGACCCCGACAAAUUCGACCCGUAUCGCUACAUUGCCGCCCGCGAGGCAAACCCUCACUCAAACUACCACGUCAGCCUCACCCCCUCACACAUGGGCUUUGGCUACGGCGCGCAUGCCUGUCCGGGCCGGUUUCUCGCCAGUAACAUGAUGAAGAUUGCUAUGGCGUUUAUGGUCAUGAACUAUGACUGGCGGGUUGGAGCGGAGUUGAGGGCGAGGUCAAAAAAGGAGAGGGAGGUGGAGGUGGACUUCUUGAUUGGCGAGGAAGGCACUGGGAGCGAGUAA